UUUCUCACAUCCGCUGGCACACGGCGCGCUGGAGUUGUGUCCUUUGGUUCCCCACUUUCCUAACUCCGACCCCGGAACCGCACCCUGUUACAUGGUUGAAGGCUGCGAUUUUCGAGAGGCAGAUGGUAGUUUGCGCCACCAAACAUGGAGAUUAACAUCAAUCGAGAGGUUGAAGAUACCUUUUACAGGUAUAAGAUGCCGAAGCUCAGCGCCAAGGUAGAGGGUAAGGGAAAUGGAAUCAAGACCGUCAUCGUUAAUGUUUCUGACAUCGCCAAGGCUUUAAAUCGCAAACCCAUCUAUUUGACCAAAUUUUUUGGUUGUGAGUUGGGGGCUCAGAUUCACGUUGAUGAUAAGAACGAACGAUAUAUUGUCAACGGUGCUCAUGAGGCUGCAAAGCUGCAGGAACUUUUAGACGGCUUCAUUAAGAAGUUUGUUUUAUGCCAAGGAUGUUCUAAUCCCGAGACCACUAUGCAUGUCAACAAGAAGUCAGGUGUCGUUGAAACCAAUUGCAAAGCUUGUGGUAGUCGGGGGCAACUAGAUGUGGCUCAUCGUCUGACUCAAUAUAUCGUCAAAAAUCCACCUGACCCGGAUUCUUCAGUGAAGGCCAAAACAAAGAAAGGUAAACGGGCCAAAAAUGGUGAUCGCAACUCAGAUGAUGAUCAAGACGUGAGCACUGCUGGAGGUGAUGACACCAGCCAUUUUAGUCCCACAGGCAAUGCAUCUAAUUUCGACGAUGAUGAUUGGGUGGAAGACACCACUGAAGAAGCUCAGCAACAGCGAAUGAGUGAACUCUCCGCCAUGGCAAAGUCCCUUGCUCUCAGUGUUGACGUGGAUAAAUCAGAAUCAGAGAGAGCUAAUGUUCUCUACAAACAUCUGCGCCAGCUGCAUGGAAAGAAUGAAGUUCUGUCACAUCGACGUGAGAUCAAGGCACAAGCCGACAGCCUUGAAUUGGGGUCGCGUGCGGUUUUGGUUUUGGCCGAAGUUCUAUUGUCGUCGCCAUCCACCAUUAUCGCCGAUAUCAAGAAGUUUGCACCCGUGUUCACCUUGUUCACACGCUUCGGACCAACUUCGAGCCGAAGUCAGCAUUAUAUGCUGGGCGCCAUGGCCAAGCUCAUUGAAGGAUACAGCGAUCAUAAUCUGUUAGGAAAGGCAUGUCACAUGCUAAAGGCUUUUUACGAUAAUGAUAUCGUCGAAGAGGAUGUCAUCUGUCAGUGGUAUGACAAAGGGCCUUCACGGAAAUUUGUCUCUCGCGAGCUUAGUUCUAAAAUCCUCAACCAGUGUUCUCCCAUGGUUAAAUGGUUGCGGGAGGCUGAAGAGGAGUCGGAUGAAGCCGAUGACGCGUCCUUGUCAGACUCAAAGGCAAGUCAUCCCCAGUUUUUCUUAUUAUUUUUUCCUUGCAGCAUGGUUCUGAUCAAGCGGAUGUUAUCGACAAGGAAGCGGUCGUCACCCAGGACUCCAAAGAGGAUACCGAUAGUGAUGAUGAAAUAGACAUUGAUGCCAUAUGACGACUUCACUCGUCCAUGAGUCGCCUCGCUAUCAUAGUGAUGGUCUUGGUUCCUGACAUGUUUGCGUUAAACUCCGUUGUCUUCAUUUCUGCUAAUCUUUGCUUAUAAAGUCGCUUUCAAUACACGCAUGUGGUCGU